GGCCGUAUCUCUCCCAGCUGGGUAGCAGACAAGCUAGGCCGAUAUAAUAUCCAGAUAGUAAUGUGUACGAUUAACUUCAUUGUCAACUUGGUUUUGUGGCUUCCAGCGCGUGGAAAUAUACCAAUCAUCAUCUUUGCUCUCAUCUAUAGCUUCGCUUCGGGUACAUUCGUGUCACUAGCUCCCACAAUCGUUGCUCAGAUAACCAGCGAUAUGCAAAAGAUUGGCACAAGAACAGGCAGCAUGUUUGCACUUGCUAGUAUAGCAGCACUCAUUGGUAACCUAGUCGCAGAAGCACUUGCGUCACUAGGCCCAGAGAGUGAUCAGUAUAGAUAUUUGCCAAUAUUUACAGCUGUUACUAUCGCUAUCGGAACAGCUAUCUUGGUAUUUAGCAAGAGCUUGACUAAGGUAGUUUUUUUGAAGCGCUUCUAGAAUCAAGAAAGAAAAGACCAUGGAAGGCGAUAGACCCACUAUUUGAGAUUGUAGACGUGAAAUAAUUGAUAGUAAUGGUAUAUUUUUGUACUAAUAGUUGUUAGAUAAAACAUCAGCAUUGAUUAUGGUCUUGUUUAAAGCAACAUGAUAAUAGUCUCGAAAGUAGGCGGGGGGGACGUUUGAGAGGGUCGGUCAUCUGAAUUUUGAGGAUUUUACAAUGGAAGAAAUAUCAAUGUCCUCUGGUGAGCAUGUAGAGCUUGAAAUGGGAGAAGAGUUAGAUGGUGAGGGGGGUUGGCUUCUCGCAGGCGCAAGCUCGAGCUGGAACGAAUGUGGUUGUCGAAUAGAAUAAUGCGAGAAGUCCA